UGUUUUUCUCUCUCCCCCCCUCGUCCAAUAAAAUGUGAAUUCACGCAGCGUGCGUGCCUGACAGCGGACGCGGCGCGGCAGCAGACAGACAGACAGACGGACAGACAGGCAGGCAGGCAGGCAGCGGAGUUGGUACGAACAUCUUCGACUUCACACACCAAAAACACCUCGACUCCGCUGCUCCGCUCACAGAUGUGCCUCGGACCGCUCGCUCUCUUUGGGGGAGGAUUUACCGCUGGAUUUAGCGCCCGAUCGCCGCGAAGAAGAUGCCUAAACCCGCAGUAACCAGCGCAGGAGACAGUGUGCCUUGUUCGGAGCUGAAGGGGUCGUGUGCCACAACAUAAAACUCGGAGCGCAUCGAGGCCAACAACAGCAGCAGCAGCAGCCGCCGCCGCCGCCGCCGCCGCCGUGUACUCUAGCACUAGUUAGCUGCUCGGCUCAAACUAGCCUGCUAACGUUACAGGUGUUCAGGCAGAAAAAAUACCAAACAUAACUUGUAGCUGUAGCUAGCUGGCGACAAGUUGCGCCCCCAUGUCGUGACUCAAGGCUGAACUUAAUGUGCCUGUUUUUCGCCUUUAAACAAACGCCAAGUAGCAAGUAUAACACUUAGCAACAUUGUUGUUAGCCAGUAGCCUUUUAGCCAGACGCUGUCCCGUGUUUACAGCAGCGAAGCUAGCCACCAAGCUAGCGAGUUAACUUUCUAGCUACAUGUGCUGAUUUCUAUUUGUAGCUUAUUUUUUCACUCUUUAGUCCGAUUUCAUCGCAGGUUCUCAGUGUUGUUUCGUGAUACUCUUCACAUUUGCAAGCCAGAGUCAGUUAGACUUUUUUUUGCCCACCGUGCCUGCCCCGGACUGACCCACCCACAAGGACUAUCUAUCCGGGGCCGAUGCUGACAGUUCAGCCCGGAUCACGGCAACGCCAGGAGCCGCUACAGCAAUGCAGCCCCAGCAGAUAUACGACUUUUCAAGUGACGAGAACAGUCACAAAUGGAGAGGCCUCUUCGUGCAAGCCUUACGAAAGGUGCAGAAGCAGGUCCACCCAAACCUCACGGCGAAGGAGGACGCCCUGCAGCACAUCGAGGAGCUGAUCCUGCAGCUGCUCAACAUGUUGUGUGUGGCCCAGCCUCGCUCUGUACAGGACGUAGAGGAACGUGUCCAGAAAACCUUUCCUCACCCAAUAGAUAAGUGGGCGAUUGCCGACGCACAGUCAGCAAUCGAGAAACGCAAGAGAAGGAAUCCCCUACUUCUUCCUGUGGAUAAAAUACACCCACUGCUUAAGGAGGUUUUGGGCUACAAAGUGGACUACCAUGUUUCCCUCUACAUCGUGGCAGUGCUUGAGUACAUAUCAGCAGACAUACUGAAGCUGGCAGGAAACUAUGUCGGCAACAUUCGGCACUAUGAAAUCAACCAACAGGACAUUAAGGUGUCCAUGUGCGCGGACAAGGUGUUGAUGGACAUGUUUGACCAGGAGGAGGACAUCGGUCUGAUGUCUCAGUGCACAGAGGAGCCGUCCUCGUCCGGGGAGCUGACGUACGAUGACCUGGUGAGGCUUGAAAUCGCAGAGGAGCGGCAGUACCUACGAGAGCUCGACCUCAUCAUCAAAGUGUUUCGGAACCAUUUCCUCUCCGACCUCAAAAUCUUCACGCCUCAGGACGUGGAGGUGAUAUUCAGUAACAUCCUGGACAUCCACGAGCUAACGGUGAAGCUGCUGGGCCUGAUCGAGGACGCUGUGGAGAUGACGGCCGAUGGCAGUCCUCAUCCACUGGUGGGCAGCUGCUUUGAAGAUCUAGCAGAGGAGCAAGCGUUUGACCCCUACGAGACCCUGUCUCAGGAUAUUCUCAGCAAGGAUUUCCAUGAACAUUUCAACAACCUGAUGGCACGAUCAACCGUUGGCCUCUACUUCCAGUCAGUUGCAGAGGGCUUCAAAGAAGCAGUCCAGUACGUCCUCCCCCAGCUGAUGAUGGUCCCAGUUUACCACUGUAUGCACUACUUUGAGCUACUGCAGCAACUUCAGGAGCGCAGCGAAGACCAAGAUGACAGAGAAUGUCUGAAGCAGGCGAUCACGGCACUGCUCAACCUUCAGUGUAGCGUGGAUCGCAUCUAUGGCAAGCACCAGCCUCGCCGUAAACCUGGUGAGCCCAUGUACCGCCUGUACAGCAGGCAGGUUCGUAGCAAACAACUGGCCAUCAAACGCAUGAACGAGAUCCAGAAAAGCAUCGACGGCUGGGAGGGGAAAGACAUCGGUCAAUGCUGCAGCGAGUUCAUCCUAGAGGGGCCGCUGUUGCGAGCGGGCGCCAAGCACGAGAGACACAACUUCCUGUUCGACGGCCUGAUGAUCAGCUGCAAGGCGAACCAGAGCUCUCGGCUCCCGGGGUCGGGCAGCGGCGCCGAGUACCGCCUGAAGGAGAAGUUUGUUUUGAGGAAGAUCCGCAUCGUGGAUCGCGAGGACUCGGCAGAGCUUCGGCACGCGUUUGAACUGAUUGGCAAAGAUGAAAACUGUGCCGUUUUCUGUGCACGGACAGCAGAGGAGAAGGCAGCGUGGAUGGCGGCGCUGGUGACUCUGCAGUACCGCUCCACUUUGGAUCGCAUGUUGGACACAGAGCUGCAGCAAGAGGAACAGGCACAUCCUCUAAGACUGCCCUCCCCGGAGGUUUACCGCUUUGCUGUGCAGGACUCUGAGGAGAACAUAGUGUUUGAGGACAAAGUGCAGAGCAAAACAGGCAUUCCCAUCAUUAAGGCCGGCACAGUGGUCAAGCUCAUAGAGAGGCUCACGUACCAUAUGUAUGCUGAUCCUAACUUUGUCCGCACGUUUCUUACCACGUACCGAUCAUUCUGCAAACCGCAGGAGCUUCUUACCCUGCUGAUAGACAGGAUUGAGAUCCCUGAGCCGGAACCGACUGAAGAGGACAGACAGGCUCUAUGGAACGGCGAUCAUCCGAUGGUAGCCGAGCUCCAGAGGUUCCGGAAGGAAUAUGUGCAGCCGGUGCAACUCAGGGUUCUCAACGUUUUCCGCCAGUGGGUCGAACAUCAUUUCUACGACUUUGAGAACGACCCGGAGUUGAGAAGUCGACUAGAGGAAUACAUCACCAGCAAAAUUCAACUGAGAGGCAAGUCGAUGAGAAAGUGGGUGGAGUCCAUCAAUAAGAUCAUCAAGAGGAAGCUGCAGACGCAGUCGAACGGCGUCAGUCACAACAUCACCUUUGAGAGUCCGCCUCCGCCCAUCGAGUGGCACAUCUGCAGAGCGGGCCAGGUGGACUCGUUUGACCUCAUGACCCUUCACCCCAUCGAGAUCGCUCGCCAGCUGACUCUGCUCGAGUCUGAGCUCUACCGAGCUGUUCGGCCGUCGGAGCUGGUCGGCAGCGUCUGGACCAAAGAGGACAAAGAGAAGAACUCGCCGAAUUUGCUCCGUAUGAUCCGUCACACCACCAACCUCACGCUGUGGUUCGAGAAGUGCAUCGUCGAGACGAUGAACCUGGAGGAGAGGGUGGCGGUGUUGUCGCGAGUCAUCGAGAUCCUGCAGGUUUUCCAGGAGCUCAACAACUUCAACGGAGUGCUGGAGGUCGUCAGUGCCAUCAACUCUGUCCCCGUCUACAGACUCGACCACACCUUUGAGGCAAUACCAGAGAGGAAAAAGAAAAUUCUGGAAGAAGCUGUGGAGCUGAGCCAGGACCAUUUUAAGAAAUACUUAGCUAAACUCAAGUCAAUAAACCCACCCUGUGUGCCUUUCUUUGGUAUCUAUCUAACCAACAUCCUGAAAACGGAGGAAGGCAACCCAGACUUCCUCAAACGCCACGGCAAGGAGCUGAUCAACUUCAGCAAGAGACGGAAAGUAGCUGAAAUCACGGGAGAGAUCCAGCAGUAUCAGAACCAGCCGUACUGUCUGAAGGUGGAGCACGACAUCAGGAGGUUCUUUGAGAACCUGAACCCGAUGGGCAACAGGAGCGAGAAGGAGUUUGCUGACUAUCUGUUCAAAAUGUCCAUGGAUAUUGAGCCACGGAACUGCAGGCAGCCUCCCCGAUUUCCCAGGAAGACCGUGUACAAUCUGAAAUCCCCGGGGAUCCGGCCUGUGCGAACGUCUACCUCUGGCACCCUGAAGGGCCACCCCGUCCCCCUGGAGAGGGAGCCCCCUCACAAGAUCACCUUCCGGAGCAUCGCCGAGACCGAGCCGGAGACGCCGGCCUCGGCCUCGGUGCCCACGUCCCCGAACACGCCGACGCCUCCGCAGUCAGCCUCCUCUGACCUCAGCUCAGUCUUCAUGGAGCACGACCUCAGCAGCUCCUACGGCGGUAGUAACUCCAUAUUUGCUCCUGUUCCUCCACCACCUUCAAAAUUCCAGUCCAUUUCUCUUGGCAGCCUCAACCAGCUCGGAGAGGAGCUACUCAAGCCGCCUCCUCUACCACCGCGGCGGAAAGAUGCGAUGUCCGAAGCCAAACUGAGCUCCAGGUCCGACAGCCCUCCAGCUAUUCCUCCUCGACUGCCGCCUCCUCUUCCCAGAAACCAGCCUCGUCCGCCGGUCUACAACGGUCCCCCCAUGGACGGGCCCCUGCCGAGCCCGCCCCCUCCUCCACCCCGCGACCCUAUGCCCGACACGCCUCCUCCAGUGCCCCAGCGGCCGCCAGAGAUCUUCAUCAACUACCCGCCGCUGCAACCAUCCCCCGUGGGACGAUACCACUGGGACUUCGGCAGCUCCCCGAGCUCGCCGAACACGCCGCCCAGCACGCCGUCGCCUCGCAUUCCCAGACGGAGCUGUCCGCUCAGCGCCAGCCAGAACAGCCUCUGCCCUCUGCCUAUCCCCAUCACCGCUCCGCCUGUGCCGCCUCGCCACAACUCCAGCCCGCAACUCCCCAAACUCCCACCAAAGACUUACAAAAGGGAGCUGCUGCAGCCGCCGAUGCAAGGCCUCUCAUUGGUGGAGAACACUGACAGCAGCCAGUGAGUGUCAGUGAGGCGACACUGACAUGUACAACUUCAAACUACGACACAGUGAAACUCGCAGCUACUGAUCAGGACGAAUAACGCAUACUGUUAACUUCACGCGCACCCCUCCGCCCUCCGCGUCGACCCGUCGCACCCCCCCGCCGUGCCUCUCAGGGGAUCAGUAGCUCCGCCUUCAUCAGAAACCCUCUGUGCCAAUGAGAAACCCACACCGGUGUGCCAGCUGAUAAACAACAAGGAGUCGGGUGUUUGUCUUUUAUUUGACCGAGCGAGAACCUUUGGCUACGUCCACAGCGGCCGUGUUUUCAUUUGAAAGACGGCAUGAAGAGCAUCUGCGUCCAUUCAGCUACAGUGAAUGUCACCAACGAGGAACGACAAUGGAGAGAAGAAAAUAUGUGUUUGUCACGACGCCCUCACGAUUCUGAAAUCCCAUUUUGAAGAUUCGUCUGGUGCCAUGUCGAGGUUUUACGAACUACACAUUCACAAGCGUCUCCUGCGUCCAGGCUCCAACUUUAUCAUCUCUUUUCCUCUAAAUGGGAACAUAAUUUAUAAAAUUGACAUCCGACGCUGUUGAAGAAGUCCUGAAAUUGGCGAAUGAGACCAGAGAAAUGUUUGCUGAAUGGAGCUCUUCUUGCAGCCAGCGGAGACGCCCCCUGGUGGCUGUUCAGUAUACUUCCGCAUUGUUUUCAGCCAGUUGUCGAGUAGCAGAGUAGCAUGUCAGGAAGUCGACUGCGAGAAACUGCGUCAUUGUCCCCAAACGUCUCCGUUUUUGCUCGUCCAGACUUCAGCGGCUGAGUUUUCAAGCAGGAACCGAACCAGCAGUGUUUUUAAACAUUUUUAAACGAUAGCAGCGUCAUGUGGAUGUAGCCUUUGUCCCCGUGGAAAGUUCUCGCCGCUCGCACUCUUAACUCGCACCCACAUCCUGCUCCUCCACCACCGGGGUGCGGCGGAUUUUUUGUUUGUUUUUUAUUUUUUUUUGCGGGGGAGAGGGCGGCGUCGGACUUUGUAGCCUUAAGUGUCAUGCUUUGUUUCUUUGAGCAUUGACAUCACGUUGAGUUUUACGACCUCUCUCCUCCUCAACGAUCAACGUAGUAGCUCUUUUCCCGCGGCGGUGGCCGCGAGCAGCAGACAUUUCCAUUGACUUGUGUUUCCUACGAACUGAAAACAAAACAGUUGCCAAAGUCUUAUUUUAUGCAGGGGGAUAAGGGAUUUUCUUCUUCUUUUCUUUUAAACAAAUGUGACAUUUGUGACCGAAAACACCAACAGGAGGCGACACUGAAUCCCCCACCUUGUAUCUCAACUGUACACUGUGACUGUAAAGACACAAGUCAAACUGUCUGAUUUCUUUUUUUUUCUUUUUUUCGGCCUCUCUGCAGCCACAACACGUUGCCUUUUUAAAACCCGACAGCGGUGACCUCUGACCCCAGGCUUUAGUCCUCUCAGAUAAAAACCUAAACGAGAGCCAAGAACACUCCAUUUGCACAUCCAAGCUUGGGCACAGUCAGCAGGUUUUUGG